CCAUCGAUCGCGGCUCCCCAGACCCAGAGGUGCUGUGCUGUGUAGCAGCCAGGAGGAGAUGGGGAAGGAGGCAGCGGCGGCGGCGGAGACGUCGUCGACGGUGGUGCUGGCCGUCAACGGCAAGCGGUACGAGGCGGCCGGCGUGGCCCCGUCGACGUCGCUGCUGGAGUUCCUCCGCACCCAGACGCCCGUCAGAGGCCCCAAGCUCGGCUGCGGCGAAGGUGGCUGCGGUGCAUGCGUGGUCCUCAUCUCCAAGUACGACCCGGCAACAGAGGAGGUGACCGAGUUCUCUGCUAGCUCCUGCCUGACGCUGCUCCACAGCGUGGACCGUUGCUCGGUGACCACCAGUGAGGGGAUCGGCAACACCAGGGAUGGCUACCAUCCCGUGCAGCAGCGCCUCUCCGGCUUCCACGCCUCGCAGUGUGGCUUCUGCACACCCGGCAUGUGCAUGUCCAUCUUCUCCGCGCUUGUCAAGGCUGACAAGAAGUCUGAUCGCCCAGCCCCUCCCGCUGGCUUCUCCAAGAUCACUUCCUCGGAGGCAGAGAAGGCUGUCUCAGGCAACCUUUGCCGCUGCACUGGGUACAGACCCAUUGUUGACGCUUGCAAAAGCUUUGCCUCUGAUGUUGACCUCGAGGAUCUGGGCCUCAAUUGCUUCUGGAAGAAGGGUGACGAACCUGCAGAAGUCAGCAAGCUGCCGGGCUACAACAGUGGCGCCAUUUGCACAUUUCCAGAGUUUCUCAAAUCUGAGAUCAAGUCUACACUGAAGCAGGAUAAUGAUGUUCCUAUUGCAGUCUCCGACGACGGCUGGUACCAUCCUAAGAGCAUUGAAGAGCUUCACAGGUUGUUUGAUUCCAACUGGUUUGAUGAAAAUUCUGUCAAGAUUGUGGCUUCAAACACUGGGUCUGGAGUGUACAAGGAUCAGGACCUCUAUGACAAGUACAUUGACAUCAAAGGAAUCCCAGAGCUUUCAGUCAUCAACAGAAGCAGCAAAGGAAUUGAGCUUGGAUCAGUUGUGUCCAUCUCUAAAGCUAUUGAGGUGCUGUCUGAUGGAAAUCUGGUCUUCAGAAAGAUUGCUGAUCACCUGAACAAAGUGGCUUCAUCGUUUGUUCGGAACACUGCAACCAUAGGUGGAAACAUAAUGAUGGCGCAAAGGUUGCCAUUUGAAUCGGACAUUGCAACCGUGCUCCUAGCUGCACGUUCGACAGUCACAAUCCAGGUGGCUUCCAAAAGGCUGUCCAUCACUUUGGAGGAGUUCUUGGAGCAACCUCCAUGUGAUUCUAGGACCCUGCUAUUGAGUAUAUUCAUUCCACAUUGGGGUUCAGAUGAUGUCGCCUUUGAGACUUUCCGAGCAGCACCUCGCCCAUUUGGAAAUGCUGUCUCAUAUGUAAACUCCGCUUUCUUAGCAAGGACAUCAGGCAGUCAUCUAAUUGAGGAUAUAUGCCUGGCAUUUGGUGCCUACGGAGUCGACCAUGCCCUCAGAGCUAAGAAGGUUGAGGAUUUCUUGAAGGGAAAAUCACUGAGCUCAUUUGUGAUACUUGAAGCAAUUCAGCUACUCAAAGAUACCGUUUCACCAUCAGAAGACACUACACAUCGUGAAUAUAGGAUCAGCUUGGCUGUCAGUUUCUUGUUCAAUUUCCUAUCUGCCCUUGCCAACAGUUUGAAUGCACCAUCAAAUAUUGAUACUCCCACCGGGUCAUAUAUUAAUGGAACUACAAAUGGUAGCACCGUGGACUCACCUGAGAAGCAUCUUAAGGUUGACAGCAAUGAUUUGCCAAUACGUUCAAGACAAGAAAUGGUUUCUAGCGAUGAGUACAAGCCUGUUGGCAAGCCAAUCAAAAAAGUCGGAGCAGAGAUCCAAGCUUCAGGGGAGGCUGUGUAUGUUGAUGAUAUCCCUGCUCCCAAGGAUUGCCUCUAUGGAGCAUUUAUCUACAGCACGCAUCCUCAUGCUCAUGUGAAAAGUAUCAACUUCAAAUCACCCUUGGCUUCACAGAAGGUCAUCACAGUUAUAACUGCAAAGGAUAUUCCAAGCGGUGGAGAAAAUGUUGGAAGCACCUUCCUGACGGUGCUAGGAGAUGAUGAACCACUAUUUGCAAAUCCAAUCGCUGAAUUUGCUGGUCAAAAUAUUGGUGUUGUGAUUGCUGAAACACAAAAGUAUGCUAAUAUGGCUGCAAAGCAAGCUGUUGUUGAGUAUAGCACAGAAAAUCUGCAGCCACCAAUUCUGACAAUAGAAGAUGCCAUCCAAAGAAACAGCUACUUCCAAACUCCCCCAUUUUUUGCUCCAAAACCAGUUGGUGACUACCACAAUGGGAUGUCUGAAGCUGACCACAAGAUUCUAUCAGCAGAGGUAAAACUUGAAUCCCAGUACUACUUCUACAUGGAAACUCAAGCAGCACUAGCAAUUCCUGAUGAAGAUAACUGCAUAACAAUCUAUUCCUCGACACAAAUGCCCGAGCUCGCACAAAGUUUGAUAGCAAGGUGCCUUGGCAUUCCAUUUCACAAUGUCCGCGUCAUCAGCAGAAGAGUAGGAGGAGGCUUUGGUGGAAAGGCAAUGAAAGCAACACAUACCGCAUGUGCAUGUGCCCUUGCUGCCUUCAAGCUGCGGCGUCCAGUUAGGAUGUACCUCGAUCGCAAGACGGACAUGAUAAUGGCUGGAGGGAGACAUCCAAUGAAGGCGAAGUACUCUGUUGGGUUCAAGUCAGAUGGCAAGAUCACAGCCUUGCACCUUGAUCUUGGAAUCAAUGCUGGAAUAUCAGCAGAGGUGAGUCCAGCAUUGCCACGUGCUAUCAUAGGAGCUCUCAAAAAGUACAACUGGGGCACUCUUGAAUUUGACACCAAGGUCUGCAAGACAAAUGUCUCAUCAAAGUCAGCAAUGCGAGCUCCUGGAGAUGUGCAGGGCUCUUUCAUCGCUGAAGCCAUCAUCGAGCAUGUUGCCUCGGUGCUCGCACUGGACACUAACACCGUCAGGAGGAAGAACCUUCAUGAUUUCGAAAGCCUUCAAGUUUUCUUUGGAGAAAGUGCAGGUGAAGCUUCUACAUACAGCCUGGUUUCCAUGUUUGAUAAGCUGGCCUUGUCUCCAGAAUACAAGCACAGGACUGCAAUGAUUGAGCAAUUUAAUAGCAGCAAUAAAUGGAAGAAACGCGGCAUUUCUUGUGUGCCAGCCACUUAUGAGGUUAAUCUUCGACCAACUCCAGCUAGGGUAUCGAUCAUGAAUGAUGGUUCCAUCGCCGUCGAGGUUGGAGGAAUUGAGAUAGGCCAAGGAUUGUGGACUAAAGUGAAGCAGAUGACAGUGUUCGGAUUGGGACAGUUGUGCCCUGAUGGUGGCGAAUGCCUUCUGGACAAGGUUCGAGUUAUCCAGGCAGACACAUUAAGCCUGAUUCAAGGAGGUUGGACUGCUGGGAGCACCACUUCUGAAACUAGCUGUGAAGCAGUUCGGCAAUCAUGUGUUGUACUCGUUGAGAGGCUGAAGCCUAUCAAGGAGAGUCUCGAAGCUCAGUCUAACACAGUGGAAUGGAGUGCCUUGAUUGCUCAGGCAAGCAUGGCGAGUGUGAACUUAUCAGCACAGGCAUACUGGACUCCUGAUCCAUCUUUCACAAGCUACAUGAACUAUGGAGCUGGCACCAGUGAGGUGGAAGUUGAUGUCCUGACAGGAGCAACCACCAUUCUGCGAAGCGACCUGGUGUACGACUGCGGGCAAAGCCUAAACCCUGCUGUGGACUUGGGCCAGAUCGAAGGCUGCUUUGUCCAAGGAAUAGGGUUCUUCACGAACGAGGACUACAAGACAAACUCCGACGGCUUGGUCAUCCACGACAGCACAUGGACUUACAAGAUCCCCACGGUGGAUAAUAUCCCCAAAGAGUUCAAUGUUCAGAUGUUUAAUAGCGCCCGUGACAAGAAGCGUGUCCUGUCUUCAAAAGCUUCGGGUGAGCCGCCGCUUCUUCUCGCGUCCUCGGUGCACUGCGCGAUGAGGGAGGCCAUCAGGGCGGCGAGGAAGGAGUUCUCGGUCAGCACCGGCCCCGCGAACUCCGCCGUCACGUUCCAGAUGGACGUGCCGGCGACGAUGCCCGUCGUCAAGGAGCUCUGUGGCUUGGACGUCGUGGAGAGGUACCUCGAGAGUGUGUGUGCCGCCGGUGCCGGCCCAAACGCGACGAAAGCAUAGAUCCAGCAGGCCUCACGCUGCAGUCGGCGCAUUGCCAGUGCCAGGGAUGAUGAGUAGCGCAGUGCUCUGAGGUACAGUACAGAAGAGAUCGAAUUGGGGGAGGUCAAGAGAUGCGAGGAGCGAUGAACAGUGUACAGAGUGAAAAAUAAACUAAACUGUACUAAUAAUCAUGUGUUGGACGGCCCGUGUGUGUGGAUUGUAAAUGAAAUCGUGUGCUUCGACAGGAUUUUGAAGAAAUUUUGUGUGGAUUGUGGAUAAAA